AUGUCGGAACUCAAAGACUUUAGCUCCACGUUCUCCCUCGAGGGAAAGACUGCCCUCGUCACUGGGGGAUCUCGUGGGUUAGGUUGCUCUCACGUCAUCAUCACCGCCAGAAAAUGGGAGGGCGAGCAAGGCAUCAGCCAGGCCAUUGACAAGCUCAACCGUCUCCCCAAUAUUCGAGGAAAGGCAAUCGGGAUUGCUGCAAACGUCGCCGACUCUAAAGAUAUCGUCCGCCUGGUCGAAGAAGUCAAGAACAUCGUGGGCGAGAAGGGGCUGAACAUCUUGGUCUGCAAUGCUGGAGCAGCCUGGGGUUCCAAGUUUGAGGAUGCCCCGCCCAGCAGCUCAGUCAAGAUUUUGGAUCUCAAUGUCAGGGGUGUGUUUGAGUUGGUCCAAAAGUUCCUACCUCUACUCGAGAAAGCAGCGUCAGAAGGCGAUCCAGCCCGGGUGCUCACUGUGAGCUCGACAGCGGGUGGCAAUGUACCGCACGUUGGUGAACACGGUACCAUCAUGUACGCGGCAUCAAAAGCAGCUGCCAAUCAUCUGGGACGUAAUUUCGCGGUCGAACUAGGCCCGAAGAACAUCACGUCCAACAUCAUUGCGCCUGGCUUUUUCCCGUCGAAGCUGGCACAAGGUUUGAUCAAUAACCUUGGUGGAAUCGAAGAGCUGAGCAGAGGCAACCCGCUUGGCCGGCUUGGUGAGCCAGAAGACAUCGCCGGUGUCGCCGUGUUUCUGUGUUCUCGAGCAGCGAAAUACGUAAACGGCGUGGUCAUUGAGAUCGAUGGAGGGGCACGGUUAGUUGCUGGAAGACAAUCCAAGCUCUGA